AUGUCCAGCGCAGUGCUCGCGGUCUCUUCCUGUCGCGCCUCCAUGCUCAACUACAAACCCAUCGCCACCCCUGCUGACACCAAGGCCAAGCUCUCCGCCACCUCCGGUGACCCCGCGCCGGACCCCUCUCUUUUCUGUAGCCUUGCCGGGGCGCUCCAGUACCUAAUGCUCACGCGCCCAGACAUCGCCUACGCCGUCCAGCAAGUAUGCCUGGUCAUGCACUUUCUGCGCACACCUCAUGUCGCUCUGCUCAAGUGCAGUCUCCGCUAUCUCCGAGGAACGAUGCACCUCGGGCUUCAUCUACGACCAUCGACAUCUUCUCAGCUCGUGGCAUACACUGACGCCGACUGGGCCGGGUGUCCUAACACCGGCCGUUCGACAUCCGGCUACCGCAUGUACCUCGACGACAACCUUGUGUCCUGGUCGUCCAAACGGCAGGCCACGGUGUCCCGAUCCAGCUCGGAAGCGGAGUACCGAGCUGUCGCCAACGCGGUUGCUGAAUCAUUCAGACAUUGGGACAAUCAUGACGAGAUCAACUUCCAGUUCAUGGGGAACAAGACGGGGCACACCAACGUGUUUGAGCUUCGGAUUUAUUCAAGAGUGUUCGCCGACACGACGGGCAAAGAAUGA